UUGGCCAAAGAUCUACACCACUGAAGAUAAAUCAGCCUGCGCCUUAUAAAUAUAGGAAAUCCCUUUCUACCCAAAUUAAAUAUAAACAAUCUCUUCACACGUGGCUCACAUUUAUUCAAGCAUUAUUGCUUCUCACAGACCUAUAAAACAGUAUAAACCAGAAGCAUAUGCCUCUCAUGAGAAGAGCACAAGUCAAGAUUGCUAUAAAUCCAAGUACUAAGGAUACACAAAGUUCCAACAAGUUGUCAGCAUGAUCAAUACAAAUGCCACAACUUCCAUGAUGAAAUUCAGCUUCAUACUUGGCUUUGUUGUACUGUUGUUUAUAAACCAUUUUCAGUGCUACAAAGCUGAUGAAGAAACAGAGCCAGCUCCCACCUGCCAAAAGUAUGAAUGCCCUCCCUAUAUCAGCAUUCAUAAAGAUGAGGAAUUUGAGAUCAGGCUUUACAACCAUACAAUCUGGAUGUCCACCUCAGAAAUAGCUUCCACUUCUUUCAAAGAUGCCACCAAGGAGGGAUUCCUCAAGUUGCUUGAUUAUGUGAAGGGGGACAACAAAGAAGAGCAAAAAGUGCCCAUGACAGCACCAGCUGUGACGGAUGUAAUAUUGUUUAGUGGAAGUCCUUCCUGCUAUAACUCUUCCUUUGCCAUUCGCCUGCCCAUUCCCACACAAUUCCAAGACUCUCCUCCUGCUGCAAUGGAUGACAUGGAGCUGCACCCACAAGUGUUCAACUCUCAUUGUACUGCUGUGAGGACUUUUGGGGGAUUUACAACAGACCAGAAUGUCAAAGACGAGGCCAAGAAGCUUAAGGCAACUCUUGUUGGAACUCCUUGGGGAACUUUGCUAAGGAGUAAUUUUAGCAAUGAGUGUUUGUCUAAGGACGAUCCCCCUGUUUUUACAGUUGCACAAUAUAAUUCUCCCUUUGAAAAUGUUAGUAGGGUUAAUGAAAUUUGGUUCACCUUGGAGGAUUCUAAGGGCACCAUGUGUUCAAUAUAGAUGUUUAGGCUAUGAUGGGUGCUUUCUUAUUUCAACAGAGGAUGCAACGUAUCUAGUUGGCAUGAGUAGUUUGUAGAUACGAUUGUGUGAGAUUUGUUUACUAUCAAUGUUUCGGGUCUUACUUCGUGAUCCAUCAUUAAGAUAGUAGAGAGCUAGAGGAGGAUAAUUGUCUAAAGGAGGAUAAUAGAA